AUGGGACUCGUCACAUAUACUUUAUUUAUAAUUUUCCUUGGGUCAGCGGAGGCACAAUCAAUUACUACGCUGCAGUUUGUGGAGUUUUGGUUCCGACAUGGUGAACGAUUGCCCACCGACUACGUCUACUUUCCCAAAGAUCCUCCUCCACCAGUUCCAUACACGGAAGCAGAAGCCGGUGAACUCACCAACAGAGGAGUGAAAAUGACUUUUCUGAGAGGAGAAUUCAUCCGGAAAAAUUAUGGAGACUUUUUAGGCACCGCUUAUAAACCAUCUCAGAUACGUGUUUGGACCGGUAAUGAUAACCGUACUGUGGCCUCUGCUGAAGCGGUCCUAGCUGGA